AUGACUAUCAAGAGCGUUUAUAUCUUCCAAGAGACCAUAUCACUUGCAUCUACAAUGAUCAGAGCUGCACUUACUAAGAUAAAAUCCAAAAUCAACACUUACAUCCCACCAAUUCAAUCACAAACUCAAGCUCAAUCUCAUGUUGAACAUAAACCAAUACACGUUGAAGAUUAUAAUAUAAUCAAAGAAGGUUCUGCAGAAAUCUUAUUUCCUAAAACUGAAACAGUCUUUUAUAACCCAGUUCAACAAUUCAACAGAGACUUAAGUGUCACAUGUAUCAAAGCAUGGUCAAACCUAUAUGGGUCCUCAUCAGGUAGUAAAAACAGAAAGGGAAGGAGAGACAACAACAAGAAGAAACGUACAUCUAGUGAAAAGGAUCAAGAACAAAAAGAUGAUGAUCUUAAACGUAGAAAAUUAUCUAACGGAAACGUCGAAAUCACAACAACUGGUAUUCCCACUAAACCGUACAUUAAGAUUCUUGAAGCUUUAUCAGCUACAGGUUUACGUGCAAUUAGAUACGCUAAUGAAAUCCCCCACGUUAAAGAAAUUAUCGCAAAUGAUCUUUUACCAGCAGCAGUGGAAUCCAUCUCUAGAAAUGCACAAUUUAAUAACGUUUCUCAUAUAGUUAAACCUAAUUUGGAUGACGCUAAUGUUUUAAUGUAUCGUAAUAAAGCUGAAAAUAACAAAUAUCAUAUCAUUGAUUUGGAUCCAUAUGGUACAGUGACACCAUUCGUUGAUUCUGCAUUACAAACCAUUGAAGAAGAUGGGAUGAUGUUAGUAACAUGUACUGAUUUAUCCGUUUUGGCAGGGAAUGGAUAUCCUGAAAAAUGUUUCGCUUUGUACGGUGGUGUCAAUAUGGUCUCUCAUGAAUCCACUCAUGAAAGUGCAUUAAGAUUAGUAUUAAAUCUUUUAAAUCAAAGUGCUGCUAAGUAUAAGAAAGUGGUGGAACCUUUACUUUGUUUAAGUAUUGAUUUUUAUGUUAGAGUUUUUGUAAAAGUUAGAACUAGUCCAAUUGAAGUGAAAGAAUUACAAUCCAAAACUAUGAUUACUUAUCAUUGUAGUCAAUGUGGAUCUUAUCAUAAUCAACCUUUGGGAAGAAUGAUUGAACGUGAAGGUAAAAAUGGUAAGACUUUCACUAAAUAUUUAGUAGCACAGGGACCACCAGUAGAUUCUAAAUGUAAAUUUUGUCGAGGUACAUAUCAUGUUGCUGGACCAAUGUACGCGGGUAAAUUACAUAAUCAAGAAUUCAUUGAUGAAGUGUUACGUAUAAAUCGUGAAGAACAUAAAGAUGAUACAUAUGGUACUCGUAAAAGAAUUGAAGGUAUGGUAACAUUAGCCAAGAAUGAAUUAUCAAAUGCACCAUUCUAUUUCAGUCCAAAUAAGAUUGCUUCUAUUAUAAAAUUACAAGUACCACCUUUGAAAACUGUGGUUGCAGGGUUGGGUUCACUUGGUUAUAAUUGUUCUUUAACACAUGCACAACCAUCAUCUUUGAAAACAAAUGCACCAUGGGAAGUUAUUUGGUAUGUUAUGAAACAAUUUGAUGAUUCAAAGAAAGAUAUCUCAAAGAUGAACCAUAACACUACUGGUUAUAAGAUUCUUUCUUCCAUAGAUGCUUGGGAACCAAAGGAAAAUAUAUGUGAUAUUUCCAAAUUAUCAUUUGAACCAAAUGAAGAGAGUAAACAUUUAGAAAAAUUAAGGAAAUUGAAAAUUGUUAGAUAUCAAGAAAAUCCAACAAAAAAUUGGGGACCAAAGGCUCGUCCAAAUUCAUCCUAA